CAACAACAAAUAUCUUAACCCUCUAGCUAGUAGCUAGUUGCAAAAUGGCAACUCUCUCUUCUCCGACCAUUAUCACCACUACUUCCAUCCUCCUCAACAACCCUUUUCUCCCCAAAACACCCCAACUUUCCGCUCAUCACCACCGUGGUGUUCGAUCUGUAAACGGAAAAGUCUCGUGCCAAACAAAAAACAACAAUGGUAACGAUGACAAUAACCAAUUUCAACUCAUUCAAAACCCUAACACAAACACACCGUAUUUAUUAGAUAGGAGAAAUAUACUCCUUGGUUUAGGUGGCAUGUAUGCUGCCUUAGGGAGUGAGGGAGCUAAUUACUAUAAUACCCUAGCUGCCCCCAUUCUCCCUGACGUGGAAAAAUGUACCCUGAGUGACGCCCUAUGGGACGGGUCAGUUGGUGAUCAUUGCUGCCCUCCACCCUUCGAUCUCAACAUAACGAAAGAUUUCGAGUUUAAGAACUAUCAUAACCACGUGAAGAAGGUUCGGCGUCCAGCACACAAAGCCUACGAGGACCAAGAAUGGCUAAAUGAUUAUAAAAGAGCAAUUGCCAUAAUGAAGUCACUCCCAAUGAGCGACCCUCGCAGCCACAUGCAACAAGCUAGGGUACAUUGUGCUUAUUGUGAUGGAUCUUAUCCGGUACUCGGUCACAAUGAUACUCGACUUGAGGUCCACGCUAGUUGGUUAUUCCCUUCUUUCCAUAGAUGGUAUCUCUAUUUCUACGAGAGGAUCCUUGGGAAGUUGAUCAACAAACCUGAUUUCGCCUUGCCUUACUGGAAUUGGGAUCAUCGUGAUGGGAUGCGUAUCCCUGAGAUAUUCAAAGAAAUGGAUUCUCCCCUCUUUGAUCCUAACCGGAAUACAAACCACCUUGACAAGAUGAUGAAUUUGUCGUUUGUAUCCGACGAGGAAGGUUCCGAUGUCAAUGAAGAUGAUCAAUACGAAGAAAACAUAUUGCUUAUGCGUAAGGCGAUGGUGUACCCGAGUGUUUCCGACGAUCCAAACAAGGCUGAGCUCUUCUUAGGGAGUCCGUACCGUGCAGGAGACAAAAUGGAGGGGGAUGUAAGUGGUGCUGGGAUUCUUGAGCGUAUGCCUCACAACUCGGUCCAUGUAUGGACCGGAAGUAAUACUAUUAAGGGUAAUCAAGACAUGGGUGCCUUCUGGUCUGCUGGACGUGACCCUUUGUUUUAUUGUCAUCACUCUAAUGUAGAUAGAAUGUGGAGUCUUUGGACUGACGUUCUCCAUGGGGGUAACUUCCCUAAGACGCCUGAAUACGAUGAUUAUCGAAAUGCGUAUUUCUACUUCUACGAUGAAAACGCUAACCCUGUAAGGGUUUAUGUCAGGGAUAGUUUCGACACGGAGAGACUCGGGUACAAGUACGAAGAUCAGGAACUGCCAUGGAUGUCAAUUACUCAACAACAACAACAACAACAACGACAACAACAACGACAACCGCUGCUGGGGGGACGACUCAAGACGAGAACGUUUUCUCUAGUUAAAAAGGUUUUAACGGAAUUAAAGGUGAUGCUCCCUUUGCCCUUAAAGUACUCGGUCAUAAAAACGAAGGUCGAUAGGCCUAAAAAGUCUAGAACAAAGGAAGACAAGCUGGAACAUGAGGAGGUUCUUGUUAUAAAUUUCAAAUUAGGAAAGUCAAAGGAUUUUAUCAAGUUUGAUGUUUAUAUCAAUGAUGGAACUGAUUAUAAACCCGAGGAUAAGACUAAAAUCAAUCUUGAGUAUGCUGGAAGUUUCACCAGCUUAACCCAUGGUGGAGGUGGAGGUGGAGGUGACAUGAGCCACAUGGCAGAGGAGGAUAUGGGUAAGAACACUGUCCUCAAGUUGGCAUUGAACCAGCUCCUUGAAGACCUUGAUGCCACCGACGACGACUCUAUUCAGGUCACUAUUGUCCCUAAAUCAGGAACGGACUCCAUAGUUAUCACUGGUAUCGACAUCGAGUGAAGUAUUUUAUUUCUUAAUUGGGUCAACGUAUUAAUAAUACUACUUCCGUAAUACGGAUCGAGUAUUAGCAAGUAAUGUGCUUCAUUUUAUGUGUAUGGUUUUCUUGCAUUAUUUAUGAUCAACAUGUUACAAAUUUCCCUUUUAUAUUACUGAUUGAUUUCAUAAAUAA